UAUUCUAGAAAUCAUGACAACCUCAGGAAAAGAGAACUUCCGGUUGAAGAGCUACAAGAACAAGUCUCUGAAUCCUGAUGAAAUGCGUCGUAGGCGAGAGGAAGAGGGCCUUCAGCUACGGAAGCAGAAAAGGGAGGAACAGUUAUUUAAGCGGAGAAAUGUUGCUACAGCUGAGGAAGAAGCAGAGGAGGAAGUGAUGUCAGAUGGAGGUUUUCAUGAAGCUCAACUGAACAACAUGGAGAUGACUUCUAGUGCCGUCAUCACCUCUGAUAUGAUUGAGAUGAUUUUCUCCAAUAGCCCAGAGCAGCAGCUCUCAGCCACUCAGAAAUUCCGGAAGCUACUUUCAAAAGAGCCUAAUCCACCUAUUGAUGAAGUGAUCAGCACACCAGGAGUGGUGGCCAGGUUUGUGGAGUUCCUCAAACGAAAAGAAAAUUGUACAUUACAGUUUGAAGCUGCUUGGGUGCUGACAAACAUUGCCUCUGGAAAUUCCCAUCAGACUCGGAUUGUGAUUCAAGCAGGAGCUGUCCCUAUCUUCAUAGAGCUUCUCAGCUCAGAGUUUGAAGAUGUACAGGAGCAGGCAGUAUGGGCACUUGGCAACAUUGCUGGAGACAGUACCAUGUGCAGAGACUAUGUGUUGGACUGCCAAAUCCUACCCACUCUAUUGCAGAUCCCCUCUCCAGAUUCCAUUGACUGGUUCCUGGCUCUUCAUCUUCAGACCCUGCCUACUUUUACAUCUCAGCACAUCCAGGGACAAUUACUUUCAAAACAGAACCGUCUCACCAUGACCCGAAAUGCUGUGUGGGCUCUAUCGAACCUCUGCAGAGGGAAGAAUCCUCCUCCAGAGUUUGCCAAGGUUGCACCCUGUCUGAGUGUACUGUCCUGGCUGCUCUUUGUCAAUGACACAGAUGUGCUAGCUGAUGCCUGCUGGGCGCUGUCAUAUUUGUCUGAUGGACCUAAUGAUAAAAUCCAAGCUGUGAUUGAUGCAGGAGUGUGCAGAAGACUGGUCGAGCUGCUAAUGCACGGUGACUACAAAGUGGUAUCUCCUGCCUUACGAGCAGUCGGGAACAUUGUGACAGGGGAUGAUAUCCAGACCCAGGUAAUUCUGAAUUGCUCAGCUCUGCAGAGUUUAUUGCACUUGCUGAGCAGCCCUAAGGAGUCUAUCAAAAAGGAGGCAUGUUGGACAAUAUCCAACAUUACAGCUGGAAACAGAGCGCAGAUCCAGACCGUCAUAGAUGCCCACAUUUUCCCAGCCCUCAUAAAUAUUUUGCAAACAGCUGAAUUUCGGACAAGGAAAGAAGCUGCUUGGGCAAUAACAAAUGCAACAUCUGGAGGCUCUGCUGAACAGAUCAAAUACUUAGUAGAACUGGGAUGUAUCAAACCGCUCUGUGACCUCCUUACAGUAAUGGACUCAAAGAUUGUGCAGGUGGCACUGAAUGGGCUGGAGAACAUCCUGAGGCUCGGAGAGCAGGAAGCCAAGCGCAGUGGCACUGGCAUUAAUCCCUACUGUGCUCUUAUUGAAGAAGCAUAUGGCCUGGAUAAGAUUGAAUUCUUGCAGAGCCAUGAGAACCAGGAUAUCUAUCAGAAGGCCUUUGAUCUGAUUGAGCACUACUUUGGGUCAGAGGACGAGGACAGCAGUAUUGCCCCACAAGUAGAUCUCAGCCAGCAGCAGUACAUCUUCCAGCAGUGUGAGGCUCCCAUGGAGGGCUUCCAGCUCUGAGGUGCCCCAUGCUAUCUGUUCCUCCACCCAGACAGUCCUCAUGUAAAGCCUUGAGUCACCUUUGGAGUGUUUCCAUAACCCCUUACUGUCCCCAUCUACCUGAGUUCCCUUUCCAUAUACUUCCUUGGGUGCCUCCUUGGAUGCCUUUCUGAGCUGCAUUCAGCCCUGACAUAAAAUGUGUCAGAUUAAAUACUUUGCUUUAUGUGCCAGCCUGGGCAUUGGCAUAUGGAAUGCUUCACAGAUAUUGGAGUAAACUCUGUCCCCUGCAACUACAGCCUCCAGUGGACAUGCUUCCUAGUUACUAGGCACAUUGAACACAACUGAACCUGUCCCCUUACAAAACUAAGCUCCCAUCUGGACUCCACAGGCCACUUCGGAGAUCUGGACUCUCUCAUUCUCUCCUCUCAACCCAAAAAGGACUUAUGAGUAGGUCAGUCUUAUCACCUCCCUAAAAGCGACUUUUGUAACUGGCUUCUAAAAUGGAGAAACUACCACACUGCCCCAUCCCUAACACAGUGUGGCCUCUUUGUUAAAGUUGAAUGCUUCCUAACUUCAUGCUUCUGAUUCUGGUCCUCACUAGCUUAGUCACAGAUGAUAUAUCUCUACCCACUCAUCCACCUUUUACAUUUUUCUGUUCAGCAUAACUUGAACUGGUUUCUGUUCUGUAAAUUACCUUUUGAUGUAAAAUCUUAGCGUGCUAAACUGUCAGCGCGAGGAAGACUCUGUAGUGAUAGGUCUCCUGACUACUUGCAGUCUCAUGAGGUAGAGUUUCCUGUUUAAAAUACCAGCCCACCCCAUAAAAUAGAAACCUCCUGAUCAAGGUCUGUUUAACAAAUAUACUGUGAUACUACAUCCCAUCUUUCCAUUUUCCCCUCACUACUCUCAUGACCCCAGAUGAAUUAGCAUGGAAUACAAGGUUCCUGUAGGCCACACUUGUAAGGCAUUGCUGGGUGCGUGACUGCAGUAAUUUACAGCUGUAGUCAGCCCCUCUGCUAGUAGCAUGUUUUUGACUCUGCAGCCUGCUUGGAUCACAAGCAUGUAAUGCAAAGGUGGCAAUUCAAUUUCUGAAUGUAAUGGAUUCAUUGGGCUACAUUCUCUCAAGCCAUUUGGGACCUUUUGGAAUACACCUUUUCCCCAGAGUAAACGUUUCAAAAGUUGCCCCUACUGCAGUGUCAUGCAUCUGUGGUAAAUCCUAUUGGCAGAACUGUCUACAAGAUCCUUCUUAUGGCUUCAUUCAAUGACAAGCCCCUGCAAGAGCUUCAACCACUCACAGGGUACAGGUUUAAAAAAAGCAUUUAUCAAACUGCUGAAAGGCCAAAGCUUUAACUCUGUGUGACCCCUUCUUUAAACAUAGUCUUCAUUAGAACCUGUGCUUUAGGAUGGAAACUGAUCUGUGAGGGCAUUGAAGAAAGCCACCCUGUUGCCUCCCUUUUGAAUCCAAUCAGCCGCCACCUUCCCUGUUACUUUCUCUAGUGCUGCUUUGUGCUCAAGGAACAUUUACUGCACUUGACCUAUAAAUUGACUUCAAUUCUUUGUAAUUUUAAAGGUUAAAUUAGGUGAUUAAUUUAAAAACAAAACAGAACCCCUCUGUGUUGCCGUUACAUCAUAUGAUAAAUAACUGUUUCUCUUUCUUGAAAGGUAACUUGAACUGUUUCUCUUUCUAGAAGCACUGAUUAGUAGCAAAAUCUUGUUUUGUCAUUUGGAAUUUUUGUGCUAGAUUUUAAAUGUAAAUUACCAAUAACGUCAUUUCUUUAGAAUUUGUUUAAAAUCAUGUACUUUUUUUUGGAUGGUAUGAAAAUGCUACAUAUUUUGUAAACAAGUCUAGGCAAAGU